AAGUAAAAAUAAGGAGGCAAGGCGGAUGGAGCACCUAUAAAUAAUCCCCCUUGCUUUCAACAACUUCAUCGUCAACGAUUCAUCGAAAACAGGAACUACAAUAAUCUUCCAACAACACUUCCCAUCACUGCAUCAAUGGCAACCAAAGUGUAUAUUGUUUACUAUUCCAUGUACGGACAUGUUGAGAAACUUGCUGAGGAGAUUAAGAAGGGAGCUCAAUCGGUAGAAGGGGUUGAAGCCAAGUUGUGGCAGGUUCCUGAAACAUUAACCGAGGAUGUCCUUGGCAAGAUGAGUGCACCACCAAAGAGUGAUGUACCAAUAAUCACCCCAAGCGAACUCUCCGAGGCCGAUGGGUUUGUUUUUGGUUUCCCAACUAGAUUCGGUAUGAUGGCUGCUCAAUUCAAAGCAUUUCUGGAUGCAACUGGAGGUCUUUGGAGAACCCAACAACUUGCAGGCAAGCCUGCCGGUAUUUUCUACAGUACCGGAUCCCAAGGGGGUGGCCAAGAAACUACCGCGUUGACUGCCAUCACUCAACUAACCCACCAUGGAAUGAUUUUCGUACCCAUUGGUUACACUUUUGGUGCUGGGAUGUUCGAGAUGGAGCAAGUUAAAGGUGGAAGUCCUUACGGAGCUGGAACUUUCGCUGGCGAUGGCUCGAGAAAACCAACUACUCUUGAGUUGGAGCAAGCCUUCCACCAAGGAAAGUACCUUGCUACCAUCACAAAGAAGCUCAAGGGAUCAGCCUAAGCUUAAGUUUACCAUAUCAAAGUUCCUGUUUGAAAAAUUUCCCAUUUUUUUCACCAUUUGAAUUUCGUUUUGCUUGCAAUAAAUCAUUGGAUUGUUUUGGUUUUGUGUAUUGUAUUAUGUUACGUGUGCCUCCCGCUCACAAUAUAGUAUUUUUAAAUGAUACAUGCUUGAUAUUUUAGUUA